AUGGAAUCUUUGGCAACAACCAUUCGUUUCGUCACGCUGAACUGCCGAACACUAUCGAGUGAACUCCAACAAGCCGCUCUAUCCAGACUUCUGCGAUAUCUCUGUGUGCCUUUUGCUGCACUGCAGGAAACACGCAUGAGAGAUCGGCCUGUCAUCAGCAUCGAAAAUUACACCAUAUACUGCGGCGAUGCUGAUGAGAAGAAAGUAGGUGGCUGCGCGAUAGCUGUGAGGAACGAUUACAAGAACCUGGUGGAGGAAUUUGGCUCAACGUCGUCUAGAUGCGCCUUUCUACGACUGCGGGAUCGCGGAGGACGUAAACUCUGGAUCGUAAGUGCUCACGCACCUACGGAAACCGCUGAGGACAACAGUAAGGACGCCUUCUAUGAUGAACUCAAUGCGUUGAUGUUUAAAAUACCAGGCCAGCAGGUGGUCAUUGUCGGGAUCGACGCUAAUGCGAAGAUGGGACUCGAACAGCAAUCCGAUGUGCUAGGAAAAUGGUACUAUGCAGCGGAGCGCACGUAG